AUGUCCAGAUUCGUUCUUCAGAAAUCUAUCAGGGUGACCGGUAUCAGGGAAUCUGAAUAUCGACAUAUUUCUCAGGUCACAUCAGACCGGGUCUGGAUCAGUGAUAGGCAAAAUAUCAUCUUAACAAAUACAGACGGUGAUAAACUAGAUCAUGUUACAGGUAUAGGUGGAUAUGGGCAUGGAGUGCACACUGUAAGUAGCGAAGGUGAUUUGAUUUAUAUAGACAAUGAGAAUAAUAUCCAAAAGUUAUCUAAAGUUAACAAAGAAAAUAACACAUUAAUAAAGUAUGAAGCACCAUUUAAACCUCGAAGUGUCUACAGCUCUCCCUUAACUGGUGACCUGCUUGUUGGCUACAGCUUCCCUUUACGUCAAAGUAUAGAGGUUGCACUUACUAAUUUUAGAGUAGGCAAAGUAAACCGCUAUAGCUCCACAGGAGAAAAAAUACAGAUCGUACAGCACGACGACAUAGGUCAGGGACUUUUUAAAGAACCCAAUUACUUAACAGAAAACUUAAAUGGAGAGGUUAUUGUGUCUGACUCUUGUCGGGGUGUAGUUGUGAUGGAUCAAGAAGGAAGACAUCGCUUUUCCUACACAGAGGAUCCAUCAGGAAAACGUAUAGUACCGCGUGGAAUCUGCACAGAUGCGCUUGCCAAUAUCCUGGUGUGUGAUGGUAACAGUCACUCAGUACAGAUAAUUGACGAAAAUGGACAUUUUCUGUCAAAAAUAUUUUCUCAACGAGACAUUAUAAACGAACUAUGGUGCCUGAGUUAUCAUGAUAAAACUAACCUUCUCUGGGUAGGAUUUUACACGAGCAGAGUGAACAUAUACAGAUACAUAUCCGAAGAUUCUUUGACAGGUUUUCCUCUGGAAGACAUUAAAUGUAAAGCACAUCCAAGAAUUCCCCUGGACCAUUUCUGUAGCAGAUGUGGUGUUCCCUUGUGUGUGGAAUGUAUCAUCUCAGACGGUCACAGCACACAUGACCAUAGAGAUAUAAAGGCGAUGUUUGAAGAAAUUUGCAGGGGAAAGGAUCAAGAGGCAUUUCUAAUGUGCCUUCUCCUUUCCAAAUCUUACAAAAUAAACAUGAAAGAAGAAAACUGGCUGAAAACGUACAAUACCGUUGCCAACAUUUUUCAAUGUAAUAAAAUUAUAACAUCAUUUGUUGCUGAUGAUUUAGAAAUAUACAGACCAAUUUUGAAAAUCAGGGGAUCUGAGGUCAGUUUUUCAACUGAUCUUUUCAAAAACAUGAGUUUUCUCAAGUUAUCAAAAAAUGUAGAAUUCGUUGAUAUUUUCUUGACUUGGGCAGAAAAAGAAAACAUUGCUGAGUACUGCAGAUCAUGGAACUAUACAAGAAGGGAGGAUGAAGUAUGCGUUUGGUUAUUACCGGAAAAAACAGAGGAUUUUGUCAAUCGACUUGGCGAGGAUAUUUUUACACACCCCACUAUGGAGGACCAGUUGUUUCAGGAAGAUGUUGUUCGAACAUUUGGCAUCCCAAUACAGAUUAUUAUCAGAAAAGACAAGUAUGUGAAGAAUUUCAUAGCGAAUUUAAAAAAAGGGAAGACAACUUUGUACCAUGCCUCUGGAAUGAUAGUUGGUUGUGCAGGUAGUGGCAAAACAACGUUACUUCAGAGACUCAAAGGAAUCAACCUUGAAGAAAUAAAGAAACAUAUCAGUUCAACAAGAGGAGUAGAUAUCCACAAUGAUGUUUUUGAUGUGACAGACAGCAUUAAAGUAAACUCUUCAUGCCAGAGACAACACUUUAAGAUAAGUUUUGACGACAUUUCUCGAGAGCGGAGAUUACCCGAACAAGAAGUACCCGAAGAAGGGAAAAAGCGGGAACAUGUGGUUGUAGGAGAUUCUCCUGUUGAAGCACUUGACCAUGAUAUGGAAUUCGAUUAUGAAACCACCUCACAAAAUACUAGAUCAUAUGAUGAAAAAGUUGCCCCAUCUACAGAUAAUUCUAUGGAGGUUACCGAUAAAAACAUCGAUGAUAGAUCAAAAAUAUCUGGAAAUUUACAUAUUGGUGUAAAGAACAUUUCAGAAGAUCCAGAUAAGAGAAUAACCAUGACUGACUUUGCAGGACAGUGUGCCUAUUAUGCAUCACACCAGAUUUUUUUGAGUCCAAGGGCGUUCUUUAUUCUGGUGCUCAAUAUGGAUGAAAAGUUUGAUGAUAAGGUUGGAGAAGAUGUAUGUAGACAGGAGGGCUCCAUUUACAAAGAGUGGACUCACAGAGAUUAUCUUGAAUUUUGGAUGAAGUCUAUUCACCAAUAUAGCAAUGAAAAGGCCCCGGUCAUCUUAAUUGGUACUCACAGUGAAAACAAAACAGAAAAGGAGAAGAUUGCAUUUUUUCGUGAAAUUUGGAAGACGCUAGAAACAAAGGACAAGUCUUUGCACAAUCAUCUUCAAGUGAAAAAACAAUUUUCAGUUGGAUUCCAUGACAAUGAAAGCAUUGAAAAAAUCAAGCUGUCAAUAGCUGAUGUUGUACAAAAUCUAAACCACUGGGGAGAAGAACUUCCACGUUCAUGGGUUAUGUUUGAAAGAUUUUUCCAAGAAAAGAAAUCAUUGCGAAUCAUGAAUAAAAAACAGAUUAGCGAUUUUAAUGCUUUAUUACCACAGGAAUUAAGACUUGAAUCAGCUGACGGAAUAAAUCUUAUGUUGCAGUUUUUCCAUGACAUCAGAGAAAUUCUGUACUUUGACCAAAAAUUUCUAAACGAAGUUAUCAUUAUUGAUGUACAAUGGUUUGCAGAUGCAUUUAAAAAUAUCAUUACAGACAAAAACCAUGCAGAGGAAGAUUUAUUUGAGUUUGCAAAAGAAUGGGAUAAAUUUAAUGAAACUGGGGAUUUGGAUGAUACGCUCCUGACAUCUAUUUGGAAAAUUACGUGUAAGGAUUGUAUUGAGCAUAAAAAGAAUAUUAUGCUAUACAUGGAGAAGCUAGGGCUUUUAGCUGAAAUGAGUGACAAAAAAUGGUAUGUUCCCUGUAUGAACAAAAUUCCUUUUCCUGCAAAUCUCACCACUUCAUACCCUGCCUCAUCUAUUCUUUGCUACGUGUUUGAUAUUCUUCCUGCUGGAAUUUUCCAUCGCCUCAUUGCUAAAUGCAUGCAAAUUCCUUGGAGAAUUGUUACAGAGAAAGAUAAACAGUGCAUUUACCAGACAGUGGCGGUCUUCCUGUAUGAGAACCAUAACAUUCUUCUUGGAAUGACACCAGCGGAAAUUCAGAUACAGGUGUUUGUAAGCGAAGGAGAAUUUAAUAAAGCAACUUGUCAGGAGAUAAGAAAAGAAAUAAAUAACAUACUUAAUGUUCUUUCCGAAACAUUUCAUAAAGAUGCUAAAUUCUUGCUUUCUUUCAAAUGCAAAGCUACAGGAUUCUGUGAUAACCAAGAAAGUUCUGUGAUCCCUGAAUCAGAAUUCAUAAAACCUACCUUUCAGUGUCCUUCUUGUCCAAUUGGGAGAAAGCACAACAUCAACUCAAAGGAUGUCAUGAAAUAUUGGAUGCAGGUACCUGUCGAUGAAAAUGAAGAUAAAGAUAUAUAUAAAGGUCCACUGUCAGGGAAUUCUAGACCCAAUAAUAUGGCCAGGAUUCUAAAGUUAUUGCAAAUUGGAACUGAUGCAGUAAGAAUCUGCUUUGAUAAAUUCUUCCCAAAAGAGGAUUUAGAGAAGACUCUGAAAGAAAAUGAAACAGACAUGAGAAGUGGACAGUUCCGAUUCCAACAACCUCAACUGGAGAUUCUCUUCCCUCCUCAAGGUGGAUCCAACACUGGUGUAUCAUCUUUAUCUAUGGACGUUACCAUCAUGUAUAAAUUGUUGAGGAAUUUCUCUGACAUUGCUCCUCCUGGGAAUGGAUGGGGAAAAGAACCUAAAAUAGUGCACAUUACAGAAAGCGACGAUAUAGAAAGAAUUCGUUUAUAUAGAAAUAAAUACAGUCAUGAUUCUGGAGGUAGCCCCGUUAUGAGUGAUGAUGUUUUUAACAUAAUCUUGGCUGAUCUUUCAAAGGCCAUUCUAAGACUUGGUGGUGAUGUUUUGAAGAGAAGGAUGAGUGAAAUAUAAGAGCGGUUAUGUAAAAAAAAUAAAUAAGAAGAUGGAGUUGAAUAGUUUAAUUAGAGCAAUCAUUCUCUCCAAGGGCCGAAGGCCCGGGGAGGGGAUGCUUUCUACAAACUUUUUAUUUCUAUUGAAUUCAUCUAACUUAAAAAAGUCCCUUCUUAAAGCCCAAGAAACUUUUAUCCAAUCAAAUAUCAAACUUUGCUGUAAUACGAUAAGAUGUAGCCCAUUUAAAUAUCUAACAGUGACACAAGACAAUAUCAUAAUCAAACACCCCUUUUAAUCAUGGAUUAGUAAACAUGAAACUACAUGGUGCUGAUCUCCUUUUCAUUGUACUGAACAGUCAACGAAGAAUAUCUUUAAUCUAAAGUAAAAUAGAGAGGUUCAGAUAGUGUUUUGAAUACUUUUAACCUGAAAGCUGAAAAAGCUACAGAUUUUUGAUACAAAGUAGGCAAUUUGUCAAUUCAUAUUAUAAGAUGAUGGUUUGUGGAGGAAAAAGUGUCAGAUUCUUGUGGAAUUCCAUUCAGACAAUGCUUCUACAUGUGUUAGAAGCUUAAACAGAUUUAAAGAAAUCGACGUUGUUAUGCAGAACCUGCUUUAAAAACAUUCGAUAUCAAGAUCUGAAAAAAAUCAGUGUCGAAAAUAGAUGGGCAGUGAAUUAAUUGGGUUGUUUCGGGAAGUACGCAGGAAAAGUAUGAAACAGUGAUAAAUCUUGGAUAAUCAAAAUGGAUUUACUGAUAAUGGACCCUCAAAUAAUAUUCAGGAAUAAGAAGUGAUGUGGUUUAAGAUUCAAGGUGAAAAUGUAUUUAAGCGAUUACGGUAAUUCUUUGUGCUCUGGAAAUUAAUUCUA